CGCGUGCGCGUGGCGGCCGCCGCCACGCCAACGUGCGCCCCCUUCCCUCCGCCUCCACCUCCACCUCCACCUCCACCCAUUCGCGCCGCAGAGCCACACGUCCCAGGGCGACGACGCGACGCGCGCGCUCACUCGCGAGAAGGGGGAGGCAGCAAUGGCGGUGGUCGGCGUCCUCGCGCUGCAGGGCUCCUACAACGAGCACAUGGCGGCGCUGAGGAGGAUCGGGGUGAGCGGGGUGGAGGUGCGGAAGCCGGAGCAGCUGCAGGGGCUCGACUCGCUCAUCAUCCCCGGCGGCGAGAGCACCACCAUGGCCAAGCUCGCCAACUACCACAACCUGUUUCCUGCACUUCGAGAGUUUGUUGGUGCAGGAAAACCUGUCUGGGGAACUUGUGCUGGACUCAUCUUCCUAGCUAACAAGGCAGUAGGCCAAAAAUCCGGAGGUCAGGAGCUUAUUGGGGGACUAGAUUGUACUGUCCACCGUAACUUUUUUGGUAGUCAGCUUCAAAGCUUCGAAACAGAACUUUCAGUGCCGAUGCUUGCAGAGAAGGAAGGAGGGAACAACACAUGCCGUGGUGUAUUUAUACGAGCACCUGCUAUCCUGGAUGUAGGUUCAGAUGUUGAAGUACUGGCGGAUUGCCCUGUCCCAGCUGAUAGACCCAGUAUCACAAUAACAUCCGGAGAGGGUGUUGAGGAAGAGGUGUAUUCAAAAGACAGGGUAAUUGUUGCAGUAAGGCAAGGGAACAUUCUCGCCACGGCAUUUCACCCAGAAUUAACAUCAGACUCUAGAUGGCAUCGCUUCUUCUUGGACAUGGAUAAAGAAUAUCAAGCAAAAGCUUUCUCUGCCCUAUCUCUGUCGUCAACUUCAAGGGACGUUCAAGACGGGUCAAAGAAUAAGCCUCUUGAUCUACCCAUUUUUGAGUAGCUCAAAAACGAAAGAAAGACCGUUAAACAUUGAAGAACAGAAGAUGAAGCAGCUAACAAAAUUUUGAGCAUUCAGUUGGUGACAUGAAAGAAAAUGCUCAGCCGUCCAGUCUAAAUGUGUUAUUGUUGUCAAACUGUUCCAAUCAAAAUAAUGAUAUUACUGAUCCAAACAUUGUGAUAUUGCUAAGAUAAAGAAUCAGUUCGGUUGAAUAUAUAUUACUGUUAGACUUUUCUCUU